AUGGUCACCUUUUCCAUCCCCGGCGACGGCGAGCUCGCUGAGUCGAACAGGAGCACGCCCCGUCCGCGUCCCCCUCUGCCCUUCGCGAAGCGCGCCUACGUUUCGUCGCCUUUCGCAAGCAAGCGCCUGGGCACUCCUCAGAGUGCCCCAUCGCGGAAGCUUUUGAUGACCCGCGAUGAAGUUCCAUCGAGCAGCCUCAACAAGAACUCGAUUGCUACUGCUCGCAACAUCUUUAGGGCGUCCACCAUCAGCGACAGUCCCCCCGUCGCUCCCUUCUCCCCGAGUCUGCCUCAGAGCACCAUGAAGAAAGUCUUCGCCCCUGGUGCCACCCCCGAACCGAACCGCAUGUUCCGAGAAUCUACUGCCCAGGCCACUCCUCGAGGAAUGGCCGCCAAGGCUACGUCUAAAGAAUUGUUCCCCAUGCGAAUUGAAGAUCCUGAUCCCGAGCUAUCUGGCGAGGCUCUGACCAGGAAGAUCCCCAAGGAUUGGAACUCCAAGGGUUCCAUCUACGCCGACCAGUUCCUCGCGCACCUCUGCCCUCCUGACUUCGACGACGAGCAGCGACGACAGUUCUUCUGCAUCCUCGAUCUCCGACGCCUCAAGUACGCGGCCAACGAGAUUUUCUCAAAGAAAGAUUGGAAGAUGAAUGUUGUCAACUUCGCCAAGGAGUUUGAGAAGAGCCGAAGCAUCAUUCUUCUGCGAUACGGUCUAUACGAAUUCCAGAAUGUCAAGCCGUCGAAGGAUAUCUUGAAGAGGUGGCGACGAGAGCACGGUCUGCCUGAGCCUGAGGAGGAGGAUGUCGAACCAACUCCCACCAAGGCCACAGCCUCAAAGAAGCGCAAGGCCGACGAUGACCUCUCUAAGGACACAGACCUGGCCGCUACCAACAAGAACAAGCGACGAGCUGCGGACAGAGACGAGGAGGAGCAGGAGCAGUCAGCACCUGUUGCCACACCAGCUCUCAACAACAAGAAUAAGAGAAAGGCAUCUCUUAGCGGAGAGGCUGAGAGCCAGCCUUCCAAGAUGCAAAAGUCUACUCCCUCGGCCGCGAAGGCUCUCUUGGAGAAGAUUGCGAACAAGUCGUCUACUCCAGCUGGUUCCCCUGUGAAGGCUACACCCAAGCCGGCGGGCGACAGCCUGGCUGCCAAGCCAAACCCCUUCGGAUCGAACAAGACCAACGGCGGCAGCGCCAGCUUGGCCCGUUCCGGUGGCAACAUUUUCGGAUACCUCUCCGAUGCGAGCUCUGCCAAGAACAGUGGAAUGGACGCCGAUGCAGAGAGCGAGAGUGACUCUGAUGCCGAGGCCACUGCUAGUGGCGCCGACACGGCCUCUCAAAUCGGCUCUGGCCUCUUUGGCACCAAGCCUGCUCCAACCAGCGCUCCUGCAGCUGGCGAGUUCAGUGCCCCUGGAACAAGAGAAAGCACACCUGGUCGAAGUCUGUUUGAUCUGCGAUUGGAGGACAAGCCUGAAGCAGCAACGUCUGAGAAGACUGCAUCCAAGCCUGCUGACCAGACGUGGAACCCCAAUACUACCCCUAUCAAGUUCGCGCCGACAGCCUCUGCAAGCCAGCCUAAUACACUUUCCAUUUUUGGUUCCAAGGCCACUGCCACCUCCAACUUCUUUGGAACAUCCAAGCCUGCCGAUAAGGAAUCCUCGGAGCCUGCCGCCGAACACAAAGACAAGUCUGGAGGCGAAUCUGAUAAGGAAAAUGACGAGGCUCCUAAGAAAUCUCUCUUGGGAACUUCCCUCUUCCAGCAGAAGCCGGCAACGGAGACUUUCAAGGCCGCCGAGCCUGUCAAGCCUACCCCCAGCUUGUUUGGAGCUCCCAAGUCCGAUGACAAGCCCGCGACACCUUCUACGUCCAACAUGUUCGGCUCCUCCUCGACCCUAUUCGGAACGAAGCCCCCGGCCAGCGCCGCAACCACAACCCCGGGCAACAUCUCCAGCGAUGCCUCUGCUCCUGCGGCUGCUCCCGCUUUCAGCUUUGCAGCCGGUGCCAGUAAGCCUAACGGAGCCUCGGAGCUUGCAUCCAAGCCCCUCUUUAGCGUACCCAACCCCAUGAAGCAGGAUGACGCUGCUGCGGCUCCGGCUGCUCCCAUCUUCAGCUUCAGCGCUGCAUCAACUACUCCCGCUCCUGCUCCUAUUUUUAGCGGUGCUUCUUCAACCCCAGCCAACGGUGCCAACACCACUACCCCAAGCUUCGGUGCGGGCUCCUCUUCGAACUCUGGAUUCAGCUUUGGAACUUCCGGUGGGGCUGCCCCUACAUUUGGCUCGACCUCGUCCUCGACCCCGGCCUCAGGAGGCAUAUUCAACUUUAGCGGAAACGCGGCUCCGUCGACCACCGGUUCUGCCUCUAGCACGUUCCAGUUUGGAAGCGGCAGCACCAGUGCGCCGCCCCCUACCUUUGAAGCGAGCCAGGCCAACGCCGCCCCUGCCCCAGGGUUCAACUUCACCGGAGCCCCCGCUCAACCUGCAACUUCUGGCGGCAUGUUUGGAUCCAACCAGCCAGCAGCUGCCUUCGGCAACCUCCAGCCGCCGGCUGGUGGGGCGUCUACCACCGGGACAAACACACCAUUCAGUCUUGGAGGAGGCUCCAGCCUGGCUACGACACCCGCUGGAGGGACCCCGGAACCAUCUGCGCCAACCCAGGGAGCUGCCGGCGGUAACGACGAGGAUGGGGAAAAGCACGAGCAGAUCAACUUGACGGAGGGGCUGGAGGCGGAUGAAGAGGUCCUACACGAUGUGCGGGCCAAGGUGUUGAAGUUUGUCUCGGCUGCAGAGAAAUCAGACGACAAGCCCAAGUCGAAGAGCCCGUGGUCGACUCAAGGCGUGGGUCCGCUCCGGCUGUUGAAGCACAAGGAGACAAAUGCGGUGCGACUCCUUAUGCGGGCAGAGCCCCGCGGCAAUGUGGCCAUGAACCGAACUGUUCUGCCGGACAUGUCGUACAAGGCAGACGAGAAGUAUGUCAGGAUGACAACUUCGAACGAGAAGGGAGAUGGUCUGGAGACGUGGAUGAUCCAGGUCAAGACGAAGGACCUGGCAAAGGAGUUGGCAGAGGCACUUGAAAAGCACAAGACGCUGAACAAGAAAUGCCCAGGUACCGUCACCCCUUUGCGAGCCUCUCUCUCUGUCUCUCUCUCUCCUACCCUGUCAUUUGCUCACCUCUCUGCGCUCUUUCUCAGGGAAAUCAUCACCAUCCAGGCCGGGCAGUGCGGCAACAGCAUCGGAAGCCAGUUCUGGCAGCAGCUCUGCCAGGAACACGGCAUCAGCCAGGAUGGCAACCUCGAGGACUUUGCGACCGAGGGCGGUGACCGCAAGGACGUCUUCUACUACCAGAGCGACGACACCCGAUACAUCCCCCGCGCGAUCCUGAUCGACCUGGAGCCCAGGGUCCUCAACGGCAUCCAGACCGGCCCCUACAAGAACAUCUACAACCCCGAGAACUUCUACGUCGGCAAGAAUGGCAUGGGUGCUGCGAACAACUGGGGUGACGGAUACCAGAGCGGCGAGGCCGUAUGCGAGGACAUUAUGGAGAUGAUUGACCGAGAGGCCGACGGGAGCGACUCCCUCGAGGGAUUCAUGAUGCUGCACUCCAUCGCCGGCGGAACCGGUUCCGGUCUGGGUUCGUUCCUCCUCGAGAAACUCAACGACCGCUUCCCCAAGAAGAUUAUCCAGACGUACUCAGUCUUCCCCGACACCACCAGCGCCGGCGACGUCGUCGUCCACCCCUACAACAGCAUUCUUUCCAUGCGCCGACUAACCCAGAACGCUGACUCCGUCGUCGUCCUCGACAAUGGCGCCCUCUCUCACAUUGCUGCUGACCGACUCCAUGUUCAGGAACCUUCGUUCCAACAGACGAACCAGCUGGUCGCCACCGUCAUGUCGGCGAGCACCACCACUCUACGAUACCCUGGCUACAUGCACAACGAUCUCGUCAGCAUCCUGGCCUCUCUAAUCCCGACCCCAAGGUGCCACUUCCUCAUGACAGCCUACACUCCAUUCACCGGCGACCAGGUCGAGCAAGCCAAGACGGUGCGCAAGACGACGGUGCUAGACGUUAUGCGACGGUUGCUCCAGCCCAAGAACCGCAUGGUGUCGACGGUUCCUGGGAAGAAGAGCUGCUAUAUCUCCAUCCUCAACGUCAUCCAGGGUGAAGUCGAUCCUACCGAUGUCCACAAGAGUCUGCUCCGUAUCCGUGAGCGUCGCCUCGCCACCUUCAUCCCCUGGGGCCCUGCCAGUAUUCAGGUCGCCUUGACGAAACGAAGUCCCUACAUCCCCAUGAGCCAUCGUGUGAGCGGUUUGAUGCUGGCCAACCACACCAGCAUUGCGACGCUCUUCAAGAGAAUCGUAAGACAGUACGACGGCAUGCGCAAGCGCAACGCCUUCAUGGAGAGUUACAAGAAAACCGCCCCGUUUUCGGAGAAUCUCGACGAGUUCGACGAGGCGCGGCAGGUCGUUGGGGACCUCAUUGGCGAGUACGAGGCCGCCGAGGGCGCAGAUUACCUCAACCCAGAUGCAGGGGAGAAGGCCACAUCGGCGGAGACAGAUGGGCGUAUGGCAUAA